AUGAACUACUCCAGCAUCCUAUCGAUACUAACUGCCCUAACCGGGCACGUGUGUACUGGAAUUGGAAUUGGAGGUGUUUCGGUUGGCCCGGUCACUGUACCACCGGUAACGGUAUCGGUAGCGCCCGUCACUGUACCACCGGUUACUGUUGGCCCUAUCGCCGUAACUGUUGCACCUGUUACAGUUCCUGCCGUUACUGUUCCUGCGGUCACUGUUCCAGCCGUUACUGUUCCCCCGGUUACUGUUCCUGCGGUUACUGUUCCUGCCGUUACUAUUCCUGCGGUGACUGUUCCAGCUGUUACAUUGCCUGCAGUAACACUGCCGGUGACUAUUCCAUCAUUGGCUGUUACGGUACCAACGUUAGCUGUUACAGUUCCUACAUUAGCAGUAACAGUGCCUACACUCAGUGUCACAGUGCCUUCUGUGAUUCCCAUACUUGCCACAGUAGCAGGGCUCUUGACCACAACAACGACUGCCGCACCUACUACUACGACUGCUGCCCCUACUACUACGACUACGAAACCGGCUACCGUGAUCUUCAAUAUCGGUGGCAGUAUUCUUACAGUCGCUGCUUCUGAUAUAGCUACAAUAACGGCUAUCAUCCAAGCUCUACAAGUGACUACGACUACAGCUGCUGUUACAACGACCACAACUGCAGCCGCUACAACAACGACUGCAGCUGCAACAACAACAACUGCAGCAGCAGCAACUACCACCACGGCAGCAGCAGCAGCAGCAGCAACGACAACAACAACCACUGUUGCUCCUACAACAACUGCUGCACCUUCCAUUUCGAUAUCCACCUCGUCCACAACAAGUGCAGCAACAACGACAACCGCCGCCGCCGUUGCUGCUGUUGGCUCGACGACAACCACGACAACCGCACUCACAGCUACGACGACUACAGGGAUCCCAACGACAACUACUGUUGCUCCAACUACUGCUCCAACCACUGCUCCAACUACAACUACGACCACAGCAGCACCAACAACCACCACAACUACUGCUGCUCCAACCACCACCACAACAACCGCUGCUCCAACGACGACAACUACUACAGCAGCGCCAACUACAACGACGACUACUGCUGCACCGACGACUACUACGACAACUGCUGCACCGACCACUACUACAACGACUGUUGCUCCUACAACGACGACCACCACAGCAGCACCAACUACCACCACAGUAGCUCCUAUUACUGUGACUUUAACCGUUAAUGGAGCAACUGUUACCGUAUCCUCCACCAGUAAUUCUUUAGUAAACGUAGUUCUUCAGCUUAUCUCAAGUUUGACAGCGACCACUACUACCGUUGCACCUUCAACGACCACUACCACCGCGCCAGUGACUACUACGACAGUUGCUCCCACAACAACUACUACGACCUCUGCGGUAACGACAACUACAACUACUACUACUGCUGCUCCCACAACAACAACGACUACUACUGCAGCCCCAACAACAACGACCACUACUACCGUGGCACCAACUACAACGACUACUACCGCUGCACCGACUACUACCACCACUACUACCGCUGCUACUACGACCACUACAAGAAGAACGUGUGGAACUCGUCCAGCAAUCGGAGGAUUGGGAGGAGGUAUCGGUAUUUUAGGCGGUAUAGGUCCGCUUGGCUUUGGACUGGGUGUUCGAGGUGGAAUCGGAGGCUUUGGAGGUCCAGUGGUUGGUGGCUUUGGAGCACCACAAGUCGGAGGCUUCGGAAUCCUGCCAGUCGUUGGUAACGUAGCUCGUACUGUUGUGGGUACCGGAUUGAACUUGGUUGGUUCUGCUGCAAAUUUGGCCGGAAAUGUGGUAGGUGCAGCCGGUAAUUUAGCUGGAGGCUUGUUGGGAGCCAAUGCAGGAUUGAACGCUGGUAUUGGCGGUAGAGUGGGAGGAGGAUUUGGCGGACACAUUCACGGACAUGGAGGAAAUCGUGUACAUGGAGGAAGUGGUCGUUUUGGAGCAGGUUUCGCAGGUGGUUUCCGUUUGGGUGUAAUGGGCUAA